AUGAGGAAUCUCCUCCUUGCCAUGCUCCUGGCUUGUGGGCUGCUCCCAGCUAGCACCAGUGUCCUGGAGCUGGAGCAGAUGAUCAAGUCAGCCACAGGGAAGAGUGCCCUGCUCUCCUACAGCUGGUACGGCUGCUUCUGCGGCAUCGGGGGCAGAGGGACCCCCGUGGAUCCCACCGACCAGUGCUGCCAAGCCCACGACUGCUGCUACAGAAGGCUGAGGGAGGGCGAGUGCAGCCCCCUGAUAACCCCCUACAGCUUCACCACCCACGAUGGACACAUCACCUGCAGUCAGAAGCAGAGCUGGUGUGAGAGAGAGAUCUGCCUGUGUGACAAGGCAGUGGCUUCGUGCUUCGCGAGCACUCUGCAUUCCUACAACAACUCCUACCGCUUCUACUUCAAGCUGAAAUGCCAAGGAAACAAGCUCCAGUGCUGA